ACAGCGGGACGUGCAAACCCGAUGUCGUCUCUCGAUAACUUCGGUCGAAUAAGUGGCACAAGUCAGCGCGUCUACUCUAGAACGUCGAAGCGAGCAACUGCGUCCUCAGAAAAGUUUGGCUGUCAGCGAUACGGGGGCGGAGUUAACUUUGUGUCGCCUUCUACUCAAGAGCCAGUGACCGCUGUACUUGAUGUUGCUCGUUUUGAGCCAGCGGCGAAAACAAUUCAGCAAUGGUACCGGAGAGUGAUUGCAAAGAGAAGUGAAGCCAAUCAACAGAUAAAGGACAUGCUGAAGAAAAAGCAAUUUCAAAGGGCAUCUGAUAUGAGAUUAUCAAGAAGCAUCGCAAAUCAGCAAAGGAAGGCAAAGGAAACCAGUCGAAGUGAAAAGGAGCGAAUGGCUCGUCUUGCUGCCAUUGAGGAGCUAAAACGAAAACGAGAAGAGAAACAGAUAGAACAAAGAAAGAAGGCUGAACAGGAAAUGGUUUAUCUUGAAGCAAGUGGUAAAGUAAGGAAACAGCCUGUGAAAUGGAGAACAGGUAAAGCUACAGGGAAACAAGUUUAUGCUAAUUCAAGGUCAAGAUUACAACAAAACAAGAAACAAAUUCAACCGACUGUUGAUAAAGUGACUGAGGUCAUGUUGAAGACAACCAAUGAGGAAUCUGAGCCAACAGAAACUGCACUGGAAGAGACAGCGGCGCUUGAUGGAGAGAGUCAGAGUGAUGCACACAGCAUUACUAGUGUUUAUUCAGACAUGAAGUCUCAAACUUCUAGCCACUCUACCCUUCAUGAAGCUCUAAAAUUGUUGGAAGCUGAGCCUGAGCCUUUAGAAUAUCCCAAUGCAACCAAUCAUCAGACAAGUGAGCUGUCGCAGUGGAUGGACAACAAGGGAGGACUGUCAAGUGGAAAGCUUGGGAGUAUAUUAGACUUUUUGGCAGAGGUGGAACGAGAGAAUCCUUCUCCUAUACCUUCAGAUUUGAGUCGAAGGUCUAUGGUGGUUGAGGAGGAUACUCAGAAAGAACUGGAUGCAGUAUCUGCUGUGACAGCUGACAUAGCUUCAACAAUGUGCAGUCAGAAGGAAGCUCUGGAUGUGACGAGGAAACGGCUGGGAGCCGUAGAGAGAGAAAUCGAUGAGCAGCGGCAACUGAACAUGUAUCAGAUGCAGCAACAGCAGAGAGAACAUAAGCACAAGCUCACACUACAGAAACAGGAAUACGAGCAGCGUCUCGAAGGAUUGCAAAAGGUCAUCGAUCAACUUGUUGAUCAGAACGAAAAGUUAUCUGCUCAGUGUGAGUCUCUACUGCAAGCUAUGAAGUCGACCGACCAGAAAUACACUCGUAAGAUCCACGAGAUGGAAGAAAGCCAUGCUCGCGAAUUAAAGCGGCAGAAAGAUAUUGAUGCUGCUGCAGAAAAACUGAGAAGAGAAAAAUGGAUUGAUGAGAAAACUAAACAGAUUAAGGAUAUGACAGUCCAAGGACUGGAACCGGAGAUUCAACGUCUCAUAUCCAAACACAAAACGGAGAUGAAACGAGUGUCUGUCAUCCAUCAAGACGAGUUGGCAAGAGCAGAUGAACGUGCUAGUAGUCGCUUUGUUCAACAGACUGAAGACUUGCGAGAGCAGCUUGCCAGAGAGAAGGAGGCUGCGUGUCAACGGGAGAGAGAACUAGCGAGACAACGAUAUGAGAAGCAAGCAGAGCAAGAUGAAAUGGCACUACAGAAAGAGCGACGACGGUUACACGAUGAAGUGGAGCACGAGAAGCAGAGGCUUGCCGAUAUGGUACGACAACAAAAACAAGAAAUAGAUGGAUUGAAAUCGAAAUUACAGACACAAUAUGAGGAAAAGUUUAGUGCAAUAGAUGAAGACAAACAAAGAGCUUUAGAAGAGCUUGAAAGAAGACACAAAUCUGAGCUUAGAGAACUGAAUGAGCGUUUAACAAUAGAGAAAACUGCUUGGCAAGAAAACAUGAUCAAGAAACAAGAUGACAUAUUUGCUACUAGAGAAAGAGAGCUGAGGGAGAGUAUGCGGAAAGAAAGAGAUAAGGAAAUAGAGAUGGUUAUUCAACAUCUGGAAGCUGAAACUCGUCACAACCAGGAGGACAUGGAGAAAACUACAGAGACAAGAAUUAGGAGAGUAAGAGAGAAAUAUGAAAGUGAGUUGAAGGAGCUAGAGCAGUCAGAAAAGAGCACAAGACAGAAGUUCUCUAAGAUGAAGGACCAAGUGCUAGAGUCUCAGAGUUCAGUUUCACAGUUAGAAUUGCAAUUGAAAAGAAAGGAGAGAGAAUUGGAGGAUUGCCAGGAAGUGUCCAGCCGUUUGACCAAUGAAAGAGAUCACAUGGCAGACAUCAUCAGACAGGAAUUUGUUGAUCGCUUGGUAGCUACUGAGGAAGAAAGCAAACGCAUGAAAAGUGAGAUGAGUGAGAUGAAAGCUCGACACAAAGUUGAAAUGGAGCAAGUAACUAAAGACAAGGAGAGCGAGUUGAACGAAAUACACGAUAGAGUAAAGUUAGCUCUUGCUAAGAAGGAAGAAGCCAUUAAAUCGAUGAGAGAACAAUAUCAGGCUGCUGUCAAGCGAUCAGAGCAUUUUGAAAUGCUUCUCAAACGACAGCGACAAGAAUUGACAAAACUUCAAUCAUAGUGCUUAAACAUUAUUACAGCAAAUUAUGGCCAGUUUAUUGAUUUUGAUGGCAAACAUUUUAUAGUAAUGGAUUUUUAUGACCUUUAUGUGCAUGACAAUAUUAAAAGCAUUAUGAGUAUAUUACAAUUGUUACAAUGUGGUAAAGUUUAGUGAUCAUUAGGGUAUAGCUGCUGAGAUUCAGACAGUACAGUUGUUUCAGCAGUGCUGCUU